GAGCUGAUGCGGGGCGGGGGGGUUUUGCUCACCACAUAAUUACUUUCGUAUGUCUGUGGCCUUUCAGGUCUGACUUACGGUAGCUCACUUUACUACGCUGUCGCGGCCUCGAGCUUCCCGUCGACUCUUCCGGAAGCAGUCGUAAAGCGAGAAGAGAAGCGCACGUGUGCGAGGCUGCUGCUGCGGGAAGUAUCCUUAUGGAAGCCAAAGGUAAAAGGAAAUUUAUAAGCAAAGGUGGAAAAGCAGGACCCAGCAAAAAGAAUUUUGCAAGGAAUAAUGAUGCUGAUCCUGCAAAGAAAUUCAAUAGAAAAGAUGGGAAAGCAGGGAAGACUAAACUUAAAUCCAAGAAAUUUGAGAAAGGAAACAAAAAACCUGGUAAAAGUGGUGUAAAACAGUUCAAGAGCAAACAACCAUCAGAAAACCUUUCCAGGAAGCGAAAACUUCAAGAUGAUAAAGGAGAUUUGCAGCCUAAAAAGCCCAAGUGGGAUGACAUCAAGAAGAAAAAGAAGGAGCUGAAGCAGACCAGACAACUGAAUGACAAAACCAACUACGAUGCAGUGCUUAAGGCAAAGCAGAUUUGGGAAACUCUGAGACAGAAAAAAUGUGAUCUGGAAAAGCGCAAGAAGCUGCUGAGUGAACUUCAGAAGCUGCUUCGAGGGAAAAUAAAAAAUAUGGCAUUUGCUCAUGAUUCAACUCGAGUCAUCCAGUGUUACAUUCAGUUUGGUAAUGAAAAGCAAAGGCAAGAAGUAUUUGAAGAAUUAAAAGAAAGUUUCCCUGAGCUAAGCAAAUCCAAAUACUCCAGAAAUAUUGUGAAGAAACUUCUAAUCUAUGGGACAAAGCCUCAAGUUGCAGAAAUAAUCAAAAGCUUUAAAGGUGAAGUGAGAAAGAUGUUACGCCAUGCUGAAGCAUCUGCAGUGGUGGAGUUUGCAUACAAUGACAAAGCCAUUUUGGAGCAAAGAAACAUGUUGACAGAAGAGCUUUAUGGAAAUAUAUUCCAAAUCUAUAAGUCAUCAGAUCACCCAACUCUGGACAAAGUAUUAGAGGCUCAGCCUGGAAAGCGGGACACCAUUAUUGAUGAAAUGAAACAGAUCCUUACUCCAAUGGCUCAGAAAGAAGCUGUAAUAAAACACACAUUGGUACAUAAAGUUUUUUUGGACUUUUUCACUCAUGCCACCUCUAAGCAGAGAUCUGAGAUGAUUGAAGCAAUCCGAGAAGCCGUGAUCUACUUGGCACACACCCAUGAUGGAGCCAGAGUAGCCAUGCAUUGCCUGUGGCAUGGGACCCCCAAGGACAGAAAGGUCAUUGUGAAAACCAUGAAAACAUACGUUGAAAAAGUAGCUACUGGCGAAUACUCACAUCUGGUUUUGCUGGCAGCAUUUGACUGUAUUGAUGAUACCAAGCUUGUGAAACAGCUAAUUAUAUCUGAAAUGAAUGAUUCCUUAAUCAACAUUGUAGACAACAAAUAUGGAAGGAAAGUUAUAUUAUAUUUAUUAAGUCCAAGGGAUCCUGCGUAUUUCUCACCAGCAAUAAUCAAAAUCCUGCAACAGGGAGAUGGGAACGCUUACAGUAAAAAAGAUGUAGAUGUCCGCCGUCAUGAACUCCUUGAAGCUGUUUCCCCUGCCUUAUUAAACUACCUGAAUCUACAUACUGAGGAAAUGGUGAUGGACAAAGCUACAUGUGUCGUAGUGACUGGUAUCCUCAGGGCUGCUAUUGGUGAUGUCCAGUCUGCUCUGAAAGCCAUUGCUAGCAUGGCUGCAAAGGAGAUGGUGCCCGGAGGUGAAGAUGGACAGCUUCACAUUGCAGAGCAUCCUGCAGGUCAUCUGGUUCUGAAGUGGUUAAUCGAACAAGAUGAGAAAAUGAGAGAGAAUGGCAGAGAAGGAUGUUUUGCAAGAACAUUGGUAGAGCAUGUGGGUAUUGACCACCUAAAGAGCUGGGCAAACGUGAAUCGAGGUGCAAUUCUCCUGUGUCGCCUUCUCCAGAGCUCUGACCAAGAAGUGGCAACUCAAGUCAAAGAUGGACUAAAAAGUCUUAUUCCAAAAUUAAAAAGCACUAAAGACAACACAGCAGCAGCAAAUGCAUUGCUAGAGAAAUUAUCAUCUUAAAGAGUUAUUCAAAUAAAAAGUUGGGGGUUUUUUUGAAUCCACGUAAGAAAAGAAAUCUGUAAAGACAAUUUAAAACCUUUUAAAGGAAUUAUGUUGGGGCAGUGGGUUAACAUUUUUUUAAGUAUACACAAUUUGUCAAACAUUUUCAAUUUUGUAAUACUGGAUUAUCAGAAUAUUUAUUCCAGAACAUUGGAUUUUGUCUAAUCUUUGCUGAAGGAUGAAAUAUCUUCAUGAAAUUAUAGUUUUCCUGAAGUA